AUGAAUAUUCUCGCAUUUUAUUUACACCACCUCCAGUUAGCAACAACACUUCCGCCACCAGUUCAAUCAGCCUCUAAAGAUAACACUCCACCACCGAUCAGCUUUGCCAGUAAUCCUCCACUAAUCGACCUUAGUAGCAAUCCAUCACCGUCAGUUAUCAAUAACAAUAAUACUGUGACAGACAAUGGCAAGGAGAAAGAGGACUUAAAUGAGAGCUUAGAUCGUAUUUUCUCUUCACUAUCUCCAUCUCACCUUGGUAGUAAUGUUCCACCACCAUCAUCGUCAGUUAUCAAUAACAGUAGUACUGUAACAGACAAUGGCAAGAAGAAAGAGAACUUAGAUGAAUAUUCCCGCAUUUUAUUUCCACCACCUCCGCCUCCACUAAUCGACCUUGGUAGGAAUGUUCUACCACCAUCACCGCCAGUUAUCAAUAACAAUAGUACUGUAACAGACAAUAGCAAGAAAGAGAAUGAUAAAUAUCUAUUUUAUCCAUUUGUUAAUAGUAACAAUGCGAAAAGCAAUGAUGCAACAGAAGAGAACACAAAAUCAAAUUUUGAUAUUAAUAACAAUACUAAUAAAAAUCUAGAGGAUAACGAUUCAUUUUCUCUUAGAGAUUUUCCACUGAGUCCUAUUAUCAAUAAUAACAAGCAGAAAUUUGAUUCUCAAUCUUUUUCGCUUGAUACAACCAGUAGAAAUCAAGCUCUUAAUAAUCAAGACCAAAAGCAUAAGCAAUUAACAUUUAAUUCAAGAUACUCCUCACCAAGAUCGACUAAAAAACAUACCUUUCCAAUUUCUUCACGAAGCACAACAAUAGUCCCGCCUCCACUACUUUCAUCUCCUCCAAUUUCUCCUUCAUUACUCUCACCUCCUCCAAUUUCUCCACGAAGUACAACAAUAGUCCUACCUCAACGAAGUUUUACAAAUCCAUAUUUAAGUGUUCAAAGUUCAAGUUCAUCUUCACCUUCGCAGAAUUCUAUUUUAGCUUCGUCUCCACAAAAUUCAAUUUCUUUUCUUCCUUCACGAAAUCCAACUUUAACUUCAUCUUCACAAAGUCCAAAUUCAGUUUCAUCUUGGAUCAACUCUGCUUUAGCUUCAUAUCCACUAAGUCCAAUUCUCCCUCUUCCGUCACGAAGUACAACUUCAGCUUCAUCUCCACGAAAGAAAGAAUGUAUCAUAUGCACAGAGACUUUUGAUAUGACACAAUUAAUUCAAAUUUCGAUUAAUUGUCAGCAUGAGAACAAUAUUUGUCAAGAGUGUGUUGCGAGACAUAUUGAACACGAGUUGCAAGAUAAAGGAAACAUUGAAAUUAGAUGUCUAAAUGAAAAUUGUAGAAGUGUGAUGACUGAAGAUUAUGUCAAAAAAUCGUCCAGUGAAACGAUCUUUGAAAGGUAUCAGAAAUUGUCGCUUGUGUCCGCACUUUCACAAAUGGACGAAUUUUAUUGGUGCUUAAAUCCUAAUUGUGAUUCUGGUCAAAUUCAUUAUGAAGGAGAUGCUGCACCAAUAAUGACGUGUCAAUCCUGCUCAAAAAAAACAUGUGUUAUGCAUUCACUUCCAAUUCCAGAUGGCUCACUAAACUGUCCACAAUGCACCAACAUAACGGAAACAUUCGAUAAUGAGGAAGUUAUUACGCAAGCUUCUACAGCUCCACAACGCAUCAGCCCACUGUCUUCAAAUAAUAGUCAUUUGCUUAAAGAAACUGACAUCCCUUUGAACGAAUCUCAUGUCCGUGAAAAAAAUUCCAAGAAAAAAUCAUUAUUAAAUCUUUUUAAAAGGUCUCAUGGAUCAAAAGAAAAACGAAAUCGUGAAACUUAUACUAGACAAACGCGAAAACAAGCGCUAAAACAACGAGAGCAAAAGAGACAAGAAGAUCUGCAAAAAGCGACAAAUAGACGAAGGGAAGAAAAAUCAAAAGCUUAUAUUGAUUCUAGAACAAAAAAAUGUCCUAAAUGUAAUACUAAUAUUGAAAAGUCUGAGGGAUGUGACCAUAUGACAUGUCGCGCACCUAGAUGUGGAUAUGAAUUUUGUUGGCUUUGUUUCGCUGAUUAUAAUGCUAUUCGUCAAAAUGGAAAUGAAUCUCACAUGCCAAAUUGCAAAUAUUAUGGUUGA